GGAGGUCAUACGAUGGAGAUGAUGGAGAUACUCAAGGAUAUUGACUGUCAGCAUUUUUCACCUCGGCAUUACAUUAUUGCAUCGACAGAUCAGACAAGUGAAGGCAAAGUGAUUUUGCAUGAGCAGCAGAUUCAAAGCCAGACUGGUAAAAACCAGAUUUAUACUAUUUCCAAGAUUUCUCGAAGUCGUCAAGUCAACCAGCCAUGGAUUUCCAGUAUCUUUUCAACUCUUUGGGCAGCAUGGUUUUCGUUGAUGAUAUUUUAUCGCUUAUACCCAGAUCUGAUUCUAUGCAAUGGUCCAGGUACUUGUGUUCCAAUCGCAUGCAUUGCAAGAUUGACUCAACUUUUGGGAAUCAGCAGGGCACGAGUCAUGUAUGUUGAAUCACUUGCACGAGUCAGCGAUCUCUCGCUUUCUGGCAAGAUUCUUUACAAUAUUGUAGACAAGUUUAUUAUACAAUGGCCACAGCUCAAGACGAAAUAUCCAAAAUCAAUCUAUGUUGGACGACUUGUUUAA